AAGAAACUGAAAGUGACGUGAACGUUACCACCGUCAGGUUAGUUCGGUCUGGUGAACGGAAGCAUGGCGGUAAUUGCUAGCAGACGGUCACCUACAAGAUUACUGACCUCAGUGAGAGCCGUCCUUUCAGGGGCAUUUCGACAACACAGCAGUCUGACAACAGACCUCAUAGAAAACAUGGACAAGAAGGAGACGUGGGACAGGUUUUACCGGGAGAACAACGUGAAGAGGGAUUUCAAGAACUUUGAAUGGUUCUUCGGCUUUGACAGUGUCCAGGACUUCAUCUUGCCGCUACUGCGGCCACAGCCCAGCUGCGCCACCAUACGACGCGUUUUGGACCUAGGCUGCGGUACCUCGGCGCUGGGACCCGGCAUCUACAAGCACUCCCAAUGGCCGGUUCACGUCACGUGCGCCGACAUCUCUCCAGUCGCCGUGCAGCUGUUGCAGGAACAGGCGAAUAGCAAACCCAUUCAACCCGGAAACCCAUCCUCCAGACUGACGUUCCUAGAACUGGACUGCUGCCGGCUCCAGGCCAGGUUUGGAGAGCAGAGCUUGGACGUAAUCGUCGACAAAGGCACGACUGACGCCCUGUUGCGAUCAAGGGAAGGACAGCCGAAGGCGGGCUUGGUCCUGAAGCAGUGCCUUGGUGUGCUACGGCAGUCGGGGUGUCUGCUCCAGUUUUCCGACGAGGACCCUGACGCUAGGGUGCUGUGGUUGGAGAGGGAGAGUGGGCUGGUAGCAAGGGUCGGAGUGCAGGAAGUUGGGACUUUAAGAGGAGUUUGUUACUACUGCUAUAUGAUAACCCCCUGUGCACCUUGACACCUUAAUGCCCACCUUGAGCUUGGGUGCCAGAUUUGCCUGUGACAUGCAUUUAUCCAAAAUGAUAAGAUGUAGACCUACUGAAGGGGUGAACAAACACUGUUUAAUAGUCAACUAUAAUGGAGCACACAUACAAGUCACCUAAUUUAAGCAAUAAAGAUCUUUUGUGUUUUAAGG